UUCUUCGCAACUCCGUGACUAGCACGGACAGCUGUAGGUACGCUUCCUUAGCGGCGAGGUGGAGGUGGAGGUGUAGGAAUGUCUGGUCUCGGUUGCACAGGACCGGAGUUUAGUUGGCACUGGUACGCCUCAAGGCUCGCACACACGUCGACGGGUUGGUUUUACGGGUGUAGGCUAAAGCGAAAACAAAGGGCUUUGCCGCGCGGAUUCGCGAACGAUAUUUCGCGGCUGUUUGACUGAUGCUGGUGUUAUUGUUUUUGCUGCCGUCGUUGUCUUCGCGUCCAUCCGUGGUUUCCAUCGCUUUCGCCCCUUAGUUUUGUGCUGUGUUUUGAUUUUUUUUUCUCUUGCUACGGCCGUUUGCAGGCGGCCAUAUGCAUUCCAGUGCAGUUCGAUCCCGGUGCUACUGGUGCACGUGAGUGUUACGGAACGAGACCGUUUUUCCCGUCUAUUCCCGGUCGGUUCUAUCGUGUGGAAAUCGUGAAAAAAUAGUUGUUCCUUUUUUUGUACGUGGAUUGUAUGCAGUUUUAGGGAAAAUCUCGAACCAUUCUGUCGUGACCGUAUCGGAUGUGUAAAACUGAAAACAUGUUCUGACCUAGUGUAAGCAAUCUGGAAGAUUUGAAACAAGCAUACAAACUUAAAGCUUCCAGCUGAGAACACUCCGAUCAUUACGAGGGCUGGAGAAGGGACGCCCGGAACAGUCUCAAAAUUGAUACCACAAAUCCCCUCCGUCUGAGUGGUGGUGUCGCAGGAGGUGGAACGGGAGGAGGACGAGGAGGGGGAGGCCAGAUUGGCGCCGACAAUCGAGUGGUGAGCUCUGACACAAGUGAUUUUCGACGCAGGUUGGCUACGGCCGCUAUGCUACUGGGAUCGCAAAAUCCGGCGGCCAUGGCAGCCGCGGCAGCAGCGGCGGCUGCCCUAGCCGCAUCCAAAAGACCGGAGGGAUCCGGCUCGGCGACGGAUUUUUCCAUAGCCGCCAUCAUGGCACGGGGAGCGGCUGCGGCGGCCGCAUCCGUCGGUGGUCGAAUUAACGGAAGUACCGGCGGCGGCAGUUCCAGCCGAGAGCCAUCGGAAAGGAGUCUUAGUCCAAUAUCGGUGGACCGAUUCCCGGAAGGCGAGGACGAUGCCGAUGUCGAUGUGGAACAAUGCAGUGACUCGGAAACGCCUUCACGUGGCACCAAAAGAGGCAGUCAUUCGCGGACCACGGGCACACCAACGAGUCCAUCGGACGAGGAACGUUUGACACCGGAACCUGCCACGACAAAAAACAAAAUCGUCGGAAGUUGCAAUUCAGACGAUCUGCGGCCCGUUCAGUGUCACCUGGAAACGAAAGAACUCUGGGACAAAUUCCAUGAUCUCGGUACGGAGAUGAUCAUCACUAAGACGGGACGACGUAUGUUUCCGACGGUUCGGGUGUCCUUUUCCGGACCACUGCGCCCAGUCACCCCCGCCGAUCGGUACGUGGUCCUGCUGGACAUCAUUCCCAUGGAUAACCGGCGCUACCGCUACGCGUACCAUCGGUCCUCCUGGUUGGUGGCCGGAAAAGCCGAUCCCCCACCACCGGCACGGCUGUACGCCCAUCCGGACACUCCGCUGGGUGCCGAAGCACUCCGGAAACAGGUUAUCUCCUUCGAGAAGGUCAAACUGACCAACAACGAGAUGGACAAGAGCGGUCAAGUAAGUAUCGUCCUUAACUCGAUGCAUCGCUACCAGCCCCGAGUUCACCUGGUUCGGUUGGGGCCCGGCCAGCAGGUUCCGACAACCCCCCGGGAACUGCAGGAGGUCGACCACAAAACGUUCGUCUAUUCGGAAACCGUUUUCACGGCCGUAACCGCCUAUCAGAACCAGCUCAUCACCAAGCUCAAAAUCGAUUCCAAUCCGUUCGCCAAAGGAUUUCGGGACUCUUCCCGGCUGACGGACUAUGACAGUUUCCCAAGCAUGGAUCCGAUGGACGCUCUGCUUCUGGAGCAGCACCUGCGUGCCCCGUUGCGUCUCUUCCAUGACCCCAUGCUUGCCCAAUUUCCCGUUGGCCCUGGUCAGGAUAUGGACGGAGCUCAGGCGGCGCUAAUCGAGAAAGCUCGUCAGCAUCUGCAAAUGUGGGGUCGUUCGCCGUACAGUGACCUACUGCUGCCACAAAUCUACCAGCGACCCCCGCAAAUAGCGGCCGCAAUGAAUCUGGGAGGAUUGUGGCAAAACCAGUGGACUCCGCAGCUUCCGCCGACAUUCCUGCAGAAUGCUGCGGCGGCUGUGGUUGCAUCGGCAUCGUCAGCAUCCACACCCCCGCCGACGGUUUCAACGCCCAAUACGAGCUCCGGAUCUCCGUCGCCUUCGGAUAUGAGGGCAAAACAUUUCGCACGCUUCAGUCCCUAUCAGCUCCCGCCACAGCACAUGAUUCCUCACAAUCAACCGCAGCCUCCGCCUUCACCUAGGAGUCCUUCCAACUAGGAAAUGGCGCCGAUCGAUGCUAAAUUACUGGGUAAUCAAAAUCGUCAUCAUUCAUCGUACUCCACCGAAAGUUGCAAAAGAAAAAUUAGUUUCGUUUCUGUACAAUUGUAAAUAUUGUAGUGUCGGAUAUCGUUAUUUAUUUGUUGAUCUUCUGAUUGUUUAAAUAAACUUGUAGUAACUUAAAACGGUUCUAUAUAUCACAAUAGCUAAGGAAGAUAAUUCUGAGUGAGUAUCUUUACCUUAAAUUAAGGACAAGGUGGAAAUAAACUAUUUUCCUGUGUACAUAG